CUUGACCCCGAGGCGGACGCCAGUUUCCUGGGCUGGGUUGUGGCCAGCUAUAGCCUGGGUCAGCUCCUGGCCUCUCCUGUGUUCGGCGGCUGGGCCACCAUGCGCAAGUCCAGCCGGGAGCCUCUGACGGUCAGUUUGAUACUGACCACUCUGUCGAACCUGUUCUACACCUACCUGCAGAGCAUCCCAGAUGAGAGGCAGUACUACAUGAUCCUUGCUAGGGGGAUGAUUGGAUUCGGUGCUGGAAACGUAGCGGUGGUAAGAUCCUACGUGUCAGGGGCGACCACUGUGAAGGAGCGCACCAACAGUAUGGCUAACGUCAGCAUCUGUCAGGCCGUGGGCUUCAUCCUUGGACCAGUAAUCCAGUCAGCGCUAGUCCCAGUCAACUACCCGGGCCCCGUCGAGUGUACCGGGUUCCACCUGAACAUGUACACGGCCCCGGGCCUCCUUGCUACGCUAGUAGCGCUCACCAACCUCCUGCUGCUCAUCUUCGUCUUCAAGGAGCACCACGUCUACGACGAUGACGUCAACCCGCACGUGCAGAGCUCGGACUCCAGGAAUGGGGAUCUCAGUGGAAGCUCUGUGCAGGACACGAAGAGUGACUGGGACAACAAACCUGACUACGUAGCCGUCUUCUCCAGCAUCUUCCUCUUUUUUGUCGUCCUCUUCAUCUUCACCGUCUUCGAAACAUACAAUGAAAGAUAUCUUCUUCUUAUCGGAUUCAUAUUCUGCCUUUCGGGGUACAUCGUCUACAUUCCUUGGGGUGACAAGUUACCCCCCUUGAGCUAUGCACCAAUUGGCAAUGACUCAAAACCGAACACUGGCUCAACAGCCAUCAUGCCCUCUGCCCAUCCCAUUGUGAGCAGCCUGUCGCCUGUUGGCCAUCAACUGGCAUUUGAACCUGUAGAGAAAAAACAACAAAGCUCUUUCUUCAAGCCUCACAUGCAUCGUCUACCUUCAGUGAGUCGGUUAUCUGUCUCCUCCAGUGACGGCGGUAUGUCAGCUGAUGUGAAACUCGACUCUUUCGAUUCCCGCAAUAAAUUGGAUGAUGUCAGUGGAGGAAUUCGAGGUUUAACAAAUAGUAUGAUAUCUAUGAGAUCCUCGUCUUCCUCGACAAGUCCUUGGACUACAGAGUCAAGCACCCACCCAAACUCAACACCCACAUCCAACUACACAACACCACCCCACAACACAAUCUCCCCCACCGGCCACUCAACAUCAGCCCACCACACAACCACCACCAGCAGCCACACAACAGCAACAACAGCUUUUACCAGUGGCUCAACAUUCAGUACCGGGUGGCAGAACUUUACCACAGAAGCGUCCCACAACACGAGCCAGUCGCCCGAGGGCUGUCCGUGGCAAUACGAGUGGUGUCGGACAGUGCCCGUCAUCAACUUCGCUCAAUAUCUCGUGGGAACGCUCUUCGUGAGCAUCGGCUAUCCCAUGUGCAAUCUGUUGAGCUACACUAUCUACUCCAAAGUGUUGGGUCCUCAACCUCAG